AUGACGAACCUUGCCCCGGCUCUUGUGGAAGCAGCACAACUGACGGAAGUGGAGCUGACCCUGCGACAGGCUGCGACCCAGCAGACGCGCUUGCAUCUGAAGACGAGCCAUGCAACGCAAGUUUCGAGAAGACUAAAGUCGUGUGCCAAAGUAUUCCCCCGACACUUCCAACGGAAGCCCAGAGGUGUGGACGAGGUCGACCGGUGGAAGGCAACAGAAUUCCGGACCUUCCUCUUGUAUGUUGGACCUGUUGUUCUGAGGGGCCUGCUUCCAGAUCACCAGUACGAACAUUUUCUCUUUUUGCAUGUGGCCAUAAGAAUUCUUGCAUCACCAGCUCACCACGUUGAGCAUAACGCCUAUGCCAGAGACCUGCUUCGUUUUUUUGUGCAGGAGUAUGGCACCGUAGGACUUUACGGAGCACGGUUUUUAACCUACAAUGUACACACAUUGAGCCACCUUGCCGAGGAGUGCCUUGUCCAUGGACCGCUUGACGCAUUUAGUACAUUCCCUUUCGAGAGUUUUCUCGGAAAACUCAAGCCCCUGCUGCGAACACAUAGCAACCCUUUGGCGCAAGUUAGCCGCAGGCUUUCUGAACAUGCGGGAGCAACAUGCUUCUCUGUUGCAAAACGAGUCACCCACACCAUCAACAAAGGAGACUGCUACCUGAUCAGGAAAUCCCCAGUCAUCGUUUUAGAGGUGUCUCAAAGCACGUGCGAAGUCGCUUCAUUAACAAAUGCUAGGAACUUUUUCGAUGUUCCGAUGAAAUCAUCUGCCCUAGACAUUUUUAGAACCGAUGGCCAGGACACUACAGUCAAGAGAUUGCAGAUCUCAGAUGUUCAUGGGUCCCAACAGUGUCUUCUUUUGCCCUCCAAGUCCGGCCAUGUUGCCUUUCCACUCCUCCAUAUGCAGUAACUCCUUAUCUUUCCCUCGUUUGUUGUUUUCGGCUGGCCAGAACUCUCUGCCGGACAUUUGCUGAAACCUGUCGUAGAGGCUGUCGUCGGCUGUCUUGGUGGCU